CAGCCUUUUCUCCUCUUCCUUUUCUUCCCACUCCCCUUCCUGCUACACUGCAAUUCAUAACGAUGGCAUCAACAACGAUAGACGCAGAAGAAAUGCGCGUCAAGUGGUUCUACAUCAAAUCAGCGUCGUCGGAUAAUGUCGUCUCAGCAGCUAAAGUAGCCACAGACGACGAGCCGUUGAUGCGGUCUCAAGUGUAUGUGUGCAGUCCGCGUCAUGUUGACGAAGAGCAAUGGUGCUGGGAUGGACAACACUUGGUGAACAAGGCAACAGAACUCGUACUUGAUAUUCGCAAAGGGCGGUUACGUCUGAUUGAAGACACAGACAUCUGCAUAUACUCUAAAAAGCCCGAGGACGAGGCACUCAACCAGCGCUGGAGUGUUCAAUGCGACGAUCCGAACAUUCCUACCUACUACAUUUGCUCUCAAUCGAACUCGGGCUGGGUGCUCGACAUUCGCACCGGUCAUCAAUCAGGCGAUCAAAAACUCAUUCUGUCACCACAUCAAACGAUCGACAAAGAGAAUCAGUUAUGGGUCUUUGUAUCAGCAGAGAAUGCAAGUAACGGGGAUGAAGGAACAGAAAGUAUAGCAACAAAGUCAACAGAUGACGCACCACAUACAUGUUGUCCGUCUCACGCGAGAACGCUGGUCAUACGGAUUUCUGGUGACAUACCUCAUCAUUUCAUCACCGAAGCUUACCGUUUCUCGAACAAUCCCUUCACUGCUAUGAACAGUUCUGCAUUUGGAGCGUCGUUAUCGAGGACCUUAUCCCACGCAAGCACAUCAUCUAGUCAUAGCAUCAAUGAGCAGGAUCAGUUUCCCGCGUACGGACUGACGCCUGCGAAACGAGGAUCUCAAAGUUCAGUUACCGCAGGUCUCACACUGAAUGCUUUUAAAGAAUGCCAUCAACUCGUGUACCUUGAACGUAACCCUCAUUUAAGCGAUAAGACGAUUGCCAUGGCAGCCGCGUAUCACGUAUGGCAGACAUGGAAGGAGCAGCAAGUUUCACUUUUGACACGACAGUCCGGAGGAUUUGCGAGUGAAGAGCAGGAAGACGCCGAGACAACCCGCGCACGGUUGCAAGCCAUGGCACAAGAUGAGGCGUCCAAAAUCUUUGAUCACUACAGCGAUCAGCUGAAUAAUCACAAGGAAACGGCUCUUGUACUAACUAAACGCCUGAUUAUCAGCCUUUGCACGAUGACACCGCAAUCUCCAUGAAAGCGUAAAAGCACACACGCACACAAAGCAUUAACAACAAUAUUCACUACCGAUUCACACAUGCCAUACAACAAGCAAUAAUUCUACUACCUUUAUUUUUCCGGCUGUGCUAUAGCCCCCGGUCGACUUUUUUUCCUCCUCCCUUUCCCAUUGUAGUAG